CAUGUUGGAGCAUUAAAAGAAAAUGUCAGCAUUCCAUGAUUUCAGUAUUUCUUCUUUUCUGCUUAUCUUAGUCCUCUGCUCUCUAGUACAAACCAUUGAAGCACAAGGUUACAGUCGUCGUCUUCCUCAACAAGAAAAGAAUGCUCUGAAAGAAAUAGCAGAGCAGUUGGGUAAAAAGGACUGGGAUUUUGAUGUGAAUCCUUGUAAUGGCACCACAGAUUGGAUUACACCAAUAACUGACGAGAAAUCGAAGUAUAUCAACAAUGUAACCUGCAUUUGCUCUACCCCUGAUAGUUUCUGUCAUGUACAAAUCAUAUUACUCAAAGGACAAGAUCUUGCAGUGAUGUCUCGCGCAACUAUUUGAGUGGUACUAUUCCCCCUGAAUGGGCAUCUAUCAAACUGGAAUAUAUGUCUGUUAUGGUGAAUCGAC